AUGGAAAAUCCUCCCGUUGGAUUUGACUCAACCCCAGCCACAUCCACAUUUCCUCCUACUAAAGAUGAGACGGCUUCCAGGCAUGCAGUGAGCAUGAAUUUUGGCAAGUUGGCCCUUUCAGAAAUGGAGGAGGAGGAGGAGGAGGAGGAGGAGGGUGGCUGCGAAUAUGAACGUCUGGUAGGCAGAGAAGAGAAGGAAUUUUUGUGCGUGCCACGUGGUGCUGCAUCCACUUUGCAAGGGUUCGGCUGGAAAGCGAAUUAUGAACCGAAAAAGGAAGAAUCGUUGUUUAUUCAUCUGAACGAUGCCAAGAAUAAAACGUAUGAAACAUCGACUGUGGCCGAUACGACGUUUCAACAGUUUGACCAUCCUCCUGACGGUGGGAAAACGGAAAGGCAGGAACGCGUUCGAGAGGCCGUGGGGACAAUGAAGGCAUUGGACCCCGGCACUGGGAUGGCACAUGAAGAAGCGGAAGAGGAAAAGGGAAUCCAGAAAUUGGGAAAAGACCCUGGCACCGCUUGGGGGGCAAUGAAACGGAAGGAUGACCCAAAAGAGUGCGCAGGCAGCGGUGUUUCUGCUUUUCCACACGCCAUGGUCUUACACAAGCCGCAGACAGUCGCUUUUUUCCAGAAUUAUUUUGUACCCACAACACAGUCUCCGUCAUCACCCGCGCCGAUGUGUGAAAACAAGACUCCUAUAGACUACACGCAACGGGGGAAAAGCCACUCAUUAUUCUCAGGGGAGAAUGAGCCAGUGCCUACAGAAACGGAAGCACUGCUGAGCUUGAUGAACGGCGAAGAGAGUGUGUCUAUCCCGCCCACAAGCCGAUCUGUUGGGCGCUAUUUGUUUUCAACACAGCGCGAAUACAAUGACAAGGACGAUCUUAUGCCGACUGCUGAGGAGACGCACUCUGUUUUUUUGCGGCGUGAGUUAAUGGAACUCGAGCGCAACGCUGCGGCUUUUCUUGUGGAGGAGGAACACGUUGCUCGUUGCUCCCUUGAAGAAGAAGAGGUGAAUGGCCGUGAUUUGCUUUUGAAUGCAGUUCAGUUGGAUCUUGAUACGCUGUGUUUUGGCGAAGUGGACAUGGAGGGAGAUCAGAGGUACACUACUCCGCCGGUUAAACCGAAGCCCUAUAGCCCUGUGUUAGAUAAUAUGGAUGACCACAAUGAGUUGUUUUUGCGAAACACACGGAUUGGCAGCAAUAUGGACGAUGAUGUGGUGACUCCGCUGGAGAAGCUCUUGCGUGAGAGUUCUCCAAACGUAAGGAAUUUAUCGACAUUCAACAGCCCUGCGAAUGGUGUGUACACUAACAUCUACGAACCGCCGUCUGGUAAGGUGGAAGUUGCAACUUCAAAGUUAUCAUCGGGUGCGUCCAGAAUUGGUCUGCUGGCGAAAAAUGCUCCAAAACCUUUGUCUUUAGAGGCUGCCCAAAGUCAUUUGUCCCCGCGGUGUCUGCUUGAAACGCAGCGACAUCAGCUAGAGAUGGAGCGGCGUUUGACUCAGCGAGACCGCGACAACUUGGAGCGUGCGCUAGAUGCACGUCAUCAAUUUAUUCAGAUACCUUCUGACGCACACGCCCAGCUGCGUUUCGAGCCUUCAGACUCCUUCACACGUGAGCGGCAGCUGAUUUUGGGUUCCUUUGGCAUCACUGGUCAGAAAAUUUCUCAGGCUGAUAAAUCAACGCCGCAGAAGGAAGGAAAAGAAAGGGGAUUCCAUCACCAUCAUCAACAAAGAGAACAACAAGCGGUGCUGCAGCCACAGACACAUGAGGAAGGUAUGCCUGGCGUCGGUGUGUCGCCCAUCUCGCCCCAAACAUUUGUUUCCUCUCCCAGUCCUCCGAAACCGUUGGCACAGAAACCGUCUCCAAGGGAGGCAACCAUCUUUGCUGAGGCGUGCGAGGCAAAGUACAAGGAGAGUUUGACAGCCAUGAAGGAAUUAAUAGAACUGUAUCAGGCGUUCAUAAAGACGAAGCCACAAUCAAAAAUACUGUCUGGGGAAUCACAGAUUCAAGUUUACAAUUCCAACGUGAAUGAACCAGAGGCUUUUUCAAUUGUGACGUACGAGAAACGUUUGGCUCGCAUCAAAAAACUUUGUUCCUCCUUCAACACCAAAACGAGUGUGACACAUUAUUACCGACGUAUUCUCCACACACCGCCGUUGCCUCUUUCUCUGCUUCCCGAAAAUGUUACCGACGGCAUUAGUCGAAAUUAUAUGAGCGCACUGGUCAAAGGAGCUAUUAUAUCCCAUCGAAACUCUGUUGAAGGUGUCGAGAACACGCGGAGAACAGAUGAUAGUGGAGCAGCCAAAUAUCCUUCACACCGUUUUGCUGGGUUCUGCGAAAGUGGGGUUGGGUAUGUUGUGCAAAAGGCCAAACCGACACCUUUUGUAGCGGAUGAGAAUAAUGAGAGACGCGGCACAUUUUACUGCCAAAACGCCGAUUCAUAUUUGCCUCCACAUCGUCGUAUUAAAACACCUCCAGUUUCGCUUGGUUGGGAAAAGCAAAUUUCAACAAAGGAAGUUUCCGUGUCGUGGCCGGUUCUUCGCUGGGACGCACAGCGAAGUGAGAAUAUUCUCAUUUCUCGAAAUGGGACGACAUGCAUGGCGGAUGCGUCAAGACUUCUUCAAUUGAUUGCCCUGGAGAAGGAGCAAACUGGGAAGGCAGUUCCUUGCGCGAAAAUUCCAAUGUUUGCGCUUGGAACGGUCGGUAUUGCGGAGGGGGAGUUUGUUUUUGAGGUACGGAUUGAUGCUCACCCUUCAUCGACGCAUACACCGCCAAGCGUGUUUGCGGUUGGGAUAACCACCAAAUAUUAUCGAGGUGCGCACCAAAAAAGCCCAGCUUAUCUAUUCCGCUCGGAUGGUACAAUUGUGGCGUGCUCUGAUGAUGAAACAGGGGUUCCAUAUGGAUGCCCUUAUCAUUGCGGCUCCCAUAUUACCGUUUACCUGAGUCUGAUUCGAAAAGAACUUCAUUUUUCUCUCAAUGGACAACCAUUGGGUGCGGCUUUUAGGUUUAGAGGGGUGGAGGAUCCUGAGCCUUUGUUUCCACUGGUUGUACUGGGUGGGGAAGGUCAUAGUGCGAGUUUUGUUCCGCCGUCGGCCCCACAACUGCCUCAACAUGUGAUUCCGCCGGCGCAUUGGAGCAUGCAUGUUGUUCAGUCCCACUAG